AUGGACAACAACAUGUCAUUUCCAAGCCAUAUCCUUCAAAUCCAGGGUUUUGAAUUCUCACAGACAUUCAUGUAUCCCAUGUUUUUCUCCAUACUGUUUGUUUAUCUCUCCCUCCUUGUGUCUAACAUUGGUGUCCUGAUAGUCAUCAUCAAGGAAAGAAAUUUGCACCAACCAAUGUACAUCCUCUUCUGUAACCUGUCUGUAAAUGAUCUGAUUGGCAACACUGUCUUGUUGCCUCGCCUCAUGGCUGACAUUGUUUCAACUGAGAGGUUUAUCACGUACAGCCAAUGUGUUACUCAGGCCUUUUUCAGUCACACGUUUGGAUCAGCCUCACAUAUGAUACUGAUCAUUAUGGCCUUUGACAGAUAUGUGGCCAUAUGUUACCCGUUAAGGUACACAUCAAUAAUGACAACCAAAACUCUAGUUACGCUGUCUGUGUCUGCUUGGGGGGCUUCCCUUGUGUUAGUGUCUGUCCUACUGGGUCUCACCAUAAGGCUUUCCCGCUGCAGGUCAAUCAUUCUAAAUGUUUAUUGUGACAAUGCGUCAUUGUUCAAGCUAUCCUGUGAGAACGUUUCAAUCAACAACAUUUAUGGACUCUUUUUCACAGUUCUGCUCUUUACUUCUUCAAUGGGAAGCAUAGCUGUCACUUAUAUCAGGAUUGCUGUGAUUUGCUGGACCAAGAAAAGCAAGGAGCUGAACAACAAAGCAUUGCAGACCUGUGCAAGCCACCUGGUGGUGUAUCUCAUUAUGCUGUGGAGUGGGUUUCUAACCAUCAUACUGCAUCGCUUUCCAGACUAUCCAUAUUUGAGAAAACUGGCUUCUGUUCUAUUUCAUGUUGUCCCUGCUCAUUUAAAUCCAAUUAUCUACGGCUUGCAAACAAAGUCAUUGAGGCAGAAAAUUAUGCAAAUACUCUGUCGGAAAGUUACACACUCAUAA